ACUCUACAUAUAUGUAGUUUGUGAAAUAUUGUGUUUGGUAAAAUCUUGGUUUCUUCCUGUGUAAAUUAUUAUAAACUUGACUAAGCAGGUUCAUGGAAGGUUUAUAAUGAACAUCAACCAUUUGCUAACUCUGGAAUGUAAUAACUUACGUAUUUAGAAGGACUUUAAUCAUGAUGUUAAAAACCGCGCGGUGAUUCGUUUAUCCCGUGGUUGUGUAUCGGCUCAAUACGACGUUUUAUUGUCAGUUACAAAAGUAAAGUGACUCAGACACUCUUUACUCGUUACUCGCGAGUGAAUCGCACACUCCCUACUCGUUACUUUCGAGAGCGGGAUAUCUUGUACGCAGAUUAUGAAAUUGGAGAUCAAGCUGACAAGCUCCGCAGAUCUGAAGUUUUGGGACGUUUGGGUUGCAUGGCCAAAGCUCGCGUGAUGCAAGACGUCUGGGUUUCUUAACUCAUCAAAAUAUGCCAACGGUUUGUUAAGAGCAUGUUUACUGUCCAGUCUAAGAGCAAACUAGACUACUUCAAAAUACGUUGACAUAAUUCGUUGACAUGAUAUACACGAUCCAUAACUGAACAUAUAGUUGCACGAAUUCUCUGAGCAUGGCCUUAACGGAAUUAAAGAAGUUUACCAAAACGUUUUGCUGUAAGCAUUUUAAAAUAAUCUGAGAAGGCAGAAGCAUUACAUUAAUGUACGGUCUUUUGUAUUGUGGUAGAACAAUCCAGACCUUCUCUUCUUAUGACACACGUCUUGUUAUUCUUUGAAAUAGAGCAUUACGUUUUUAUUCGACUGAAAUUAAAAAACAAAACUUUAAGCCUAUCGUUUGAUGAACACUAUUAGACGAGGGCGGGAUAUCUUGUAUGCAAAUUAUGAAAUUGGAGAUCAAGCUCCGCAGAUCUGAAGUUUUGGGACGUUUGGGUUGCAUGGCCAAAGCUUGCGUGAUGCAAGACGUCUGGGUUUCUUAACUCAUCAAAAUAUGCCAACGGUUUGUUAAGAGCAUGUUCACUGUCCAGUCUAAGAGCAAACUAGACUACUUCAAAAUACGUUGACAGAAUAUACACGAUCCAUAACUGAACAUAUAUAGUUGCACGAAUUCUCUGUUCAUGGCCUUGACGGAAUUAAAGAAGUUUACCAAAAUGUUUUGCUGUAAACAUUUUAAAACAAUCAGGGAAGGCAGAAGGGAAGCAUUACAUUAAUGUACGGUCUUCGCUUCUUAUGACACACGUCUUGUUAUAAAACGUCGACAAGUUUCCAAGAUAUCCUUCCUCAUUGCUCUCUAACAUAAACCACUUAACUAUACCAACUGCAAAUCACCGACAUUCAUCAUUAACAUAUAUUGCUUCUUGCUUAGCUAGUUCUGAUGCUAACCUUUGUUGUUUAGCGUUCUAACAUGAACCACUUCAUUACCGAUUUUAUUACCAGAAAUAUCUCAGUUUGGGAAGCGCCAUUUUCGUGUGUUUCGCACUCUUUAAUACACCGUGCCGAAAUAAUUAAUAUAUUCACAUCAAUCGCAUGAUCGAUAACCACAAGUCAAACACCUUUCAAAGGUUGCCUAGCGUGCAAUCUUUUUUACGACAUUUGAAAUAAAGACACGCAGUUUAUUUUCCCACGACAUAUUUAUGCCCCUUCUUUGCGUCAAUUAGCAAAACCAACGGACAACCACGAUGCAUGUAAUUCAUUCAGGGGAAAUGAAUGAAUCAAUACGAUCAUGCAUGUUUCCCUCUGUUCACAAUUAAGGACUUCUUUCCACGAAAAUACUUCGCAGAAAUUCAAUUAGUAUAAUAUAGUCCCAGUGAACUCAAAUAAGCCGGACUGGUCACUCUACGCACUAACGCUCACUCUCUGGUUUUUACUCAUUAAUGAGUAAAGCCAAGAUGGCAGAUCAUGAAGCCUUUUUUGUUGGUAUGAUCCAAGCCUCUAGCGCGGAAAUUUCAAAGGAAAAAUCAUAAUUGCCACCAUUUUACCUCCGAAAUUUCGGCGUGGAGGACUGGAUCAUACCUACAAGAAAGGCUUCAGUGUCCGCCAUCUUGGCUUCAAAAUUCCGACAGAGUUCACUGCAUAGUUCAUUCCCGGGAGAACUAGAUGAUAUUGUAAAAUAGAUAAAAAGGCAAAAUUCAGAGAUAUUUUAUAGGAUUAUUCAAAUCAAAGGUCUCAAUGAGACGGCUCAUGAUCACGGACGCACGAAUAGCCGAUUAAUUGUGGGCUAUAGUAGACUAACCAGAUAAAUAAGUUUUUAAUACUAAGCGCGCAAAGCAGGUUGGUCGAAUUAAUGGCACUAAAGAAUGCGAGACCGUUGGCAAUUAUUCCCUGAUACUCCUACAGAGUAUCCGUGAGUAAAAAACGGCGCAACAAUCUUUCAUACACAAACGUUUACAGAUUCGUUCCCUUUGUGGGAACGAGCCGGAGCGUCACUGAUUUAUUCAACGACACGAUCGAUCCUUGACCGUCACAAACGAAGCUAAAAGGAUCGAUCAUGUAGGAAGCAUGGGAAUAAAUGAUAUGGGGAGAAAUGAUAACCGUCGUUGUAGGUCAUUUAUCGUGCUUAAAGAGAAAUUAACAGCGCAUCGGUUCUGCUCAUAGCAAUGUAUUAAAGAACCACAAAUCAGAAAUCAUCGCAGAUAUCAUAUCAUUUUAAGAAAUAUUGUGUUUGUGGACAAUACUGACUGGGAUUCAUCGCCCAAAGGUCCCCCUAUUGUACAAGAAUUGGCGCGUGAGAACAGCGACGUUUUACCAGAGCAUGCAUAAUGUUCAACGUCUCAACUUUUCAAUAACAAGAACCGUCACUAAGAGAAUGUUUACCUUGCUCUAUAAGAGGAAAUUAGGGUACUCGAAAAUUCGUUAACACGAGUAAAGCGAUUUUUAACUGAGCAUCAUUAUUGCGCGAAUACUUUUAACGAAAUUGAUGCAACAAGUAUGCAAGGGUUUGCCGAAAACUCAAAUAGCUUGAAGGUAAGAGAUCCUUGGUACGAGGUUGAUGACGGAGGGGUCAUUGUACGAAUGAAUAUAAGUCAAGUUUGUUGUGUAAGUUAUUGCGUGGCUUAACUGAUACUAGGGAACUUACGAUUCACGUCCUAUGCGCGGUCAGCUGGAUGACGUGCUUGCAAAAUAAAGAACUCGAUCACACGCGAGACAAUAUAGGUAUACAUAAUUUCUGAUCCCACGACAGCGUUGUUAUUCUUACGACGCCUCCAAAUGAGUCAUUUUCACAGCCUGUUUUACAGCUUAUAUGAAAUGCAAUAUCAGCUAGACUUCCGAGGUUCUUGGCACACAAUUGAAACGUUUGUAUAAUUUCAAAGAUCCUGACAGCAUAAUUGAUUCCCGUAAGCCUAUUUCGACUAUUUCUAGCAAAAUAAUUGACUAGCGACGUCGAGAUAACCGCGGCGCAGAUCAUAAACUCCCUACUAGAACAAGACGUGAGCAGCUACUUUCCCAGCGACAGUUCUCAUGCUAAUCUUUGUUGUUUUGCGUUCUAACAUGAACCACUUCAUCACUGAUUCUAUCGCCCGAAAUACCAAAGUUUGAGAAGCGCCAUUUCCGGAUGUUUCGCACUCUUUCAUACACCGUGUCGAAAUAAUUCAAAUGAAUCGAUAACUACAAGUGAAAUACCCUUAAAAGAAUGAUAUAAAGAACGCACGUCCUAUUGAACUUGAAUGUUGAAACCUUGGCACAUGCAUAUACAGUUGGGGUGCCUUCUCAACCGAUCAAAGAACCUGAAUUAUUCAAUAUUAGGCUAAUAUAUCAACGAACUCUUCUCAAAUUGCAUUAGAAAAAAAGUUACGCCUACGUCUGAAUCAAUGUUAACUCCGAAAUACAGGAUUCUGUUUAGUAAAUUAUAUUAUUGAAAAUAUGAAUAAGUGCACGUUCACUUACUGCUUUAAUUCCCAAAUAAUUUUACAGAAUUGAGAUCAUUUUAUAACUGCUGUGAAAUUUAGCUUAUUUUUCCCACGACACAUUUAUGCCUCUUCUUUGCGUCAAUUAUAGCAACACCAACGGACAAUCACGAUGCGUGUAAUUCAUUCAGGGGAAAUGAAUGAAUCAAUACGAUCAUGAUUCCCAGCACGCGAUGGUGGCCCUGACACAGGUUUAAAACAUGCAAACCUUCAUGUAAUCUCCAUGCAUUUAGGGAUUUGAAGCCAUCAUAUUGUGCUUUCCCUUUAAUUAGAACGUUUUGAAAGGAUCUUCAUUCUAAAAUAAAAUCACUACAAAUCUUCUAGAUCCCUCUUCACACUUAUACAAACAUAGUUCAUAUCACGGAGAGCGAAAAUAUUUAAUUAUUUAUAACAAAGGUAUUGUAAAAUUGACAAUAUUCUGGAAUCAAAAUUCAUGGAUAUAGGAUACGUCGCCAUGGUAUUAAGAUGAAACUUUAUACAAGAAUUGUGCCGCUACUAUUUUAGUAGAUUUUUCCAAAAAGGUACAAUAAUCUUUCACACACAAUUCGAGUAGCUUUUCCGCUGCAAUUCUUUUUAUCCAACGACGCGAUCCGAUACUUAACUGUCUUUGAGAAGCCACAAGGAUCGGGCAAGUGGACUGCUUCACACAAUAAUGGGGUGUGGUUUCAAUACGAAAUAUGGUUCAAAUUUUAGUAACGGUCGAUUGUGAUGCCAUAGAGGAGUAUAAAUAUGCUGGCCUGCUAACGAAAUGUGCUAUUCAAAGAAGAGCGAGGAACAGAACUCUUUCAAAAGAAGAUUCUCUAAAAUUUUGAAUCCGUACUGAAGAUGAAGCUUUGGCUGAUACUUCUCAAUUUUGUUCACAAUGGUUUUGCUAUGGGGCUAUAUGAUGAACUGGAUGAUUCUCGUCUCUGGCGUCGAGGGACUCCGUCUGUUCCCACCACCCCUUCAACUAAAAAAGAAUGCAUAAGAGACAUGCUAGUGAUCUGGGAUAAUUCCGCAUCUGUUGGCACCAAUAACUUCUUGGAUAAUGUACGGCCUUUCCUAAGAAAGUUAAUUCAAAAUGAAAAACUCAAUGUGGGAGAAGAUGGCACGCAUAUGGGUUUUAUAACUUUCGCCAGUGAGGAGAAGACUGAGAAUUUGUUGAAGAUUGGGUCGAAAACGGACAAGAAAGAUUUGUUAUCUUGGCUGAAUGGGCUAAAUUAUGAAAGAGAUUUGAUUGGCGACUAUACCUACACGGGUAAAGCAUUCGAACUUGCAAGUACUGAGUUUCGUUUACGAAGUCCACUAAAUCAUCGCAAAGAUAUAAAAGACGUUGCUUUGUUAUUCACCGAUGGAGAACCGAGAGCAAACAAGAAGGCUGGGACUAGAGAACAAUAUGAAAUGGCCAAUAAAUACUCGGCAGAGCUGAUGGCAAGGAACGUGACUAUCGUUGCUUUGGCAGUGGGGAGAGAAGCGGAUAAGCCCGAAUUCGCGAAAAAUAUUGCUUCUUGGUCGAACCAUAUGUUUACUUCAGCGUUUAACGAAUUGGAAAAAGUUCUUACACGAAUCGUCAAUGAGUCAUGUAACGAUCCUGUGGGUUGUUCAUGCGAAGGUGAGAUUUCAACGGAGCAGUACACCAGGCCGGGUGAAGAUACAAUACUAUUGCCAUGGGAUAAACCUCGAUUGAGGUGUGACCAGAGAGUUGAAAAUGAGACUACCGUGAGACCACCUAACAUUAAAAAUCCACAUCGGUUUGGCCGCGGAAAGCAGAACAUUACUUUCAAUUUUAAGUACAAAGAUAAUGAUAAAAAGUGGGAAAGCGUGGAAUGUCUAUUUAGAGUCAAUGUUGGUGCAUGCGAAUGUCCAAGCACACCGCCGGAAAAAGCUCAAGUACAACCCGGGCAGAAAAAAGCCUCUGUCAGUUGGUUGGAACCUAAGCCUAGUUGCCCAACUACAGGUGAUACAGACAACCCAAACACUACGAGUGGAGAUUUCUCGGUCGGUAGACACGACCUCGUUUACAAGUACAAACACAGCACCAAAUUUCAAACCUUUUACAUGGAAUGUGUUGUGAACAUUAUUGUGACAGGACAUUAUUGCGGCAGAACUGCCUAUGAUCCAGCCACUUACAUUUGCUGUUGUGGCGAGGCUUAUCUUAAGAAACCUGAUCACAUGUGUUGUGGCACAAAAUACUACGAUACUGGUAGCAUGAUAUGCUGUCAAGAUGACAGUCUCGUGUCUGUUGAAGAACAUUGUCCACUUUUGGUAUGACUAGUGACAGACUAACGCCUUGUAAAGAUUUUCAGUUCGUACAGUACGCGUGUAUUUAGCUAAUAUACGCAUGCAUUCUUUGACAUAAAACAGCUAUUAUAGUUAUAACAAUUAUGUGCGCUUCUUUAUAAAUGUAUACUUUAUG